CAAAGAAAAACACACACUUUGGAUCUCGGAGGUCUUCCGCUCAAUUUUCCGGCGGCUUUAAUUUUGUAAGUUCCCCCUCAGUGUUUUUAUUUUUUUUAUUUUAUUUUUUAUAGCUUUUUCUAAACCCUGCGUUUUAGGAGCUAAAUUUCCUGACCGAUAUAUUUUUUCUUUUCUCAGAGCCGGUAAAAUGUAGGUCUCCAGGGUCAGCCAAUUAAAGAGGCAAAUUAAAUGGAGGGGAAUAAAGAUGAACGCCACCAGUUGAAUGGGCCUAAUGACCAUCAGCACCAAGCAGCGCGGAGUUGAGAGCCUCAUCAGCACCAGUGUGAGCGACCAAUCACAGCGCUCCCUCACUGGCGGUCCUCCGUGAGGCCAGGCGCAGUUAGGCAGUGUAACCCAUCUCGCUUGAAAAUUAUGAAGGGAACCAGCUCCAGUCGAUUCUAGAUGGAGAAAAGUUAAAUUGCAGGAUUUUUUCCCCAUUGGUGACGCGUUUGUCAUUUUGCGCACCUGAAUUACUGCGCGUUCUCCAGGAUAGUUACACUGUAACUUGUGCGGAAUUUUCCAAUGCAUAGUGUAGUUGAAGCGCUUUGAGACAUGUAUGAAAAAAUCUCAGAACAUCUCGUCUGGCACUGACUCACUCUCUUUACCGCUCGCGUUUUUUUCCGCUCAUCUUUUUUUUUCUUCUUUUUUUUCCUCCUUUUUUUUGCUGUGAUAAUGGAUUAUCAACAUCUAAUUGAUGGAGAGGCAUCAAGAGCGAGUGUGAAGAAAAACAUUUAAAAAAACAGGUGGCGGAUCCAGCAACAGUUCAAGCUGUCCUGAUCAUCCUCUGCCACAAUAACAGGCUGCCAUCUGAGAGACGCGGAGAUACAGUGCGCAGGCUCUCCCAGCGCUGUUCUCCAGCAUCAAACCCCAGAGCAACGCACAGUGGACACUCUGGCUGACACAUUCUAGGUUUUUCGACAUCUAAACCUGAAGACAAUUCUGGAAAUCAAGCAGAACAUUUAGAGACGGCAGGAGAACACCUUUGGAACAUUAGUCAGUGCUGCCUUUGUGUCUCUCGUUUUUCCUCUGCUGAACUCUCCUCAGAAGGUCAGAGGAGCAUGUAACUGAAACAAGUGGAGCCCUCGGUGAUUUCAGCAUUCUGUCUCCCCCAUCUGUGCCUACAUUCUCCGCUACAGAUAGGGACGUUUUUGAUAAUUACAUAUAAUUAUAAUUUCUGUGGGAGACAGAUCUGCCUCUGUCUAUUAUUGCCAACACCUCCAACACAAUAACUUCACACAUUUACAUAUUUCUCAACAAAAGUGAUAUUCUUUGAACCUCGGAGACAAAUCAGGAAUAAUUUUACUUAGAGAGACAUGUCACAUGGAGACGCAAUGUGCCAUUCAGUUCAUAUCUAAUUAGUGAUACGGUUGAAUGACACGGGGAACUUUUUGUGCCUAAAAGCUGAAUAGAGAGCAUUUAAAAUCUGUGACGUUUGCCUCAUUUUGUAUUUCACAGGCUGGGAGUCAUUUCCUUUGGUUUAUGCUUACUCCUAAUUUUCAGCUGUUACAGUCUUCUAGCACUUAAGCUGAGCCUCCCUCAUUAUCACCCCCCGGCCCAAUCACAGUAACAGUUCGUGCCAGGCGACUACAGAUGCACAUUAAUCCGAUCAUAGAAAAGAUUGAGAUAAAGUACACUGUGUUUCUAUAGAUGUGACCGGUGCCUAGGACAAGUUAACAUGGACACAAACUAGGCGUCAUUAGUAGUUUUAAUCAGUGGUACAGCCUGUUAAUCCCAUCUGAUUGUUUACAAUGUAGAUACAUGCAAACUAUAUAAAAAAAAUUAUACAUUUCGUACGUUGUUCCAGAAAAAAACAAGUGCCAAUCCUGAAUGUAUGUAGUGCCAGGCUGAAUCCAGGAACGAACAAAACAGACAAACUGUUUACAUUUGAUAAAAAACUGGCCAUAGAUUAUUGUCCAAGUGCCAUGAUCAGCACAGGAAUGUAAAGGACAGCCAUGUUUUAUUAAAAAUCCUCACUACAAAUUUUAACUGGCCUUUGUGGUUAUAAAAAUGAGUUCCAUCCUGCAGCACGUCAGAUAUUUGUUCUUCUGUUCAGUGGGACGUGUAGAACAAGGCAUUUAGAACUAAAAGCAUGAAGAUUGUUGUUUUCAAUUUGUCCUUUUUACAAAGCUGCAUCCAUUUUAGUGUUCUAGACUUGAGAGGGCAAAAGAUGAAGUCAUUACGCAUUCAGAGUUCCUUUCUAGCAGUAAAUUAAAUCCAUUUUAACACCAUUAUCGACAAUUAUUAAAAACCUACCGACUGUGUUUGAUAGUGUUAGGCAGUUUCAUUUGUAUAAUUCCUGACCUUUUCUAAUAUUACACCAUAUUAAUAGUCUGACAAGACAAAAAAAAAACAGAUUUCAUCAUCCAACAUUACUGAAUGGAACUACUGAUACAUCAUCAAUAAGCAGUAGUCUGUACAUGCUACUUGAAUAUUUCACAUGCCAUUUUAGUGGGUUAAACUGCAAAAGCGGAUACAGUGUUGGAACUGCAUUGACUCAACAACAGAAAAUAGAUCUCUUAGUCAUGUAAAAAUGACGCCCACCACCAAUCUCCGAGUCCUCGCUGUCUCCCUGCUCUCCCUCCUCACUGCCCCACUCACCACUGUUGCGGAGACCUCUCCGUCCCCCCCUCUUCAGCAAAUAGACCGCUCAGGGAGGCCUUUCACCGAGCAGCCCAAGACUGAACCCAGCCCACCUCUCCUGCUCCUCGCCAUGCAGGCCAACAUCAGGCCAGCUGCUCUACAGGGCCGGACCAAAAUCCCUGAGAAACUUCCAGAAACCUCAGAGGGAGUUCUGGAGGCACCUCCGAGACCCCUUCCCCAGGUCAUGUUUCCCAAGAAUGUGACUUCUUCGGAGGCCCUUGCACCUCCCUUAGGCGCCGCCCAGGUAGCGCCCAUUCCACCCCGCAUAGUGGAAAUAUGGAUGGAUGUAUGUCGGGGUUAUUAUGACGUCAUGGGACACUUUGACAGCGCUUUCAACUGCUCCAAGGACACUUUUGUCUUCUGCUGUGGAACCUGCCACUACCGCUUCUGCUGCCCAGAGCGUAGCCGGCAACUGGAGCAGGACAGCUGUAAAAACUACUACUCUCCAGACUGGGCCAAGCCACAGACAGAUGCCAUGAUCCUACCAGAGGAGUUAAAUAAUGACCCAGACUUUGAUCCACUGAAGCAGCAGAGCCACAACACGGGCUUCGUCAUCGGAGGCGUGAUAGUGUUCAUGGUGGCGGUCGCUGUGGGCAUCAAGGUGGUCUUCAACAAGGUGCAACAGGAAGCAAUGCAAAGGGACCUCAACAUGCCCAGAGCCCUGGUCGACAUGUUGCGGCACCAGUCGAGCCCGGUCCAGCAGGAUGAGAGAAACAACAGCGUGGCUCUGACUGUAGGGGACGGACAAGGGACACUGGGGAGGCCCCCGAAAAAUCUUUACGCCCCAGGACUUCCCAGCAAGGACAACAGAUUGGGCAAUUUGCAACACAAUUUCAUCCACUCAUCAGGCACCAGCCCCAAACACACGGCAACUAUCGAACGCACCCCUCGGAUGAACAAUGCUCAGCUGGCAGCUGGAGGCACCCUGCUUUCCAGUAAACAUAACAACACCAAAUCCCAGCCUUCCUUCCACCACUCCCUGCACAACCUGGCUCAGCUGCCGCCCUCCUAUGAGAGCGCCACCAAGCCCGAGCUCAACAGAUACUCCUCGCUCAAACGCCUCGAGAAAGGUCUUGAUGAGUACUCGUCUGGUUACUGCACCACCAAGCGCCGGCCUCACACAGCCCAGCCGGCCCUCCAGUCCUCUCAGCACCACCUCCACUGGGGUGGAGACUACACCCUCAGUGGGAGAGGAACCCUCCCCAGGCAUGCAGUCCGUCCCUGGAUCCCGCCGCCGCCUUCUGGCAUGCCUGCCUCACCCACGCCCAACCCUUACCCUCUGGACCCACCGGAGCCCCCGUACAACGCCAAUUACGACACUCUCUCCAAGCCGAGGAAGGUUAAAUCCACUGACCAGCUGCUAAACAUGGGUGACGUCCCCGGCAACACGGGGACACUGUCCAGGCUGUCCAAGAACCAGCAACACCAGUACUACAAAGCCAUGGCUGCCUCUAAUAAGAACUCCAACACGCAGACCCUCACCAGGAAGCCCCAGGACAGGGACAGGGACAGGGACCGGGACAGGGAUAGGGACAGGGAUCGGGACAGACAGGAACGGCUGCUCAUGUCCCCAGACCACUUGGAGGACAGGAUGGGGGUCGGCGGGAUGGGGGUAGUAGAUCCAUACGCCCACACAGGAGGGAUCGUCCCCACGCUGCCUCGCCAGCAGAAGGCCCAGUCCCAGCAGAACGUCUGCGCCACGCCCUCCCUCGACCGCCACCACAUGAUCAAGAUGAACUCUCACCCCACGUCCGGACGGGAGCAGGAGAGGAACACGGCCAUGACGGGGCACAUGAGUGGGGGCAUGGGCUGGGCGGGGGAGCCCAUGCCCGGGGCCGGGGUAGUCAUGGGGACGGGAACACUAGGGGGCCACAGCGCCAGGAGGAUGGCUUUCGCAGCGAAAAGGCAGAACACCAUUGAGCAGCUACAUUUCAUACCGGGAGGGGGCGGCGGGGGGUCAGCAGGAAGUGGAGGGGGGAGGGAUCAGGGCAUCAGGACGGGGAGUAAAAAUGAGGUGACGGUGUGAGGUUUGUGCCUAAAGUACCCCUCAUCGAAGGUCUGAGAAUAGAUCACCCUUCUGCAUUUAACUAUUAGAUAUACAAAUACAAGAACUAGAAGUAUAAAAUAUAGUAACAGUAUAACGUGUUUAGGCUAUUCAAAUUAGUGUUAUCUUGUAAUUAAAUAGCUUAAAUAUGAUUACUUAAUUAAAAAUCUAGGUGGGGAAUAUCUGUUCAAAUUAUGUGAUAGCCUACAUCAGCCAUAUUUUGUAACAAAUUUUGCCAUAUUGCCAUAUACAGCGGUGCCAUUACUUGUAGAGAGACUGACGAAGGGUGGAACAAAACCAACAGAAGUGUCGUUCAUAAUUUUGUUUUUAUAUGUUUUUCAAAAAGUACUCAGGAGCCAUAUUAGAUAGGGAACGAGAUGAUAUA